GGUGUCUUCUGCCCAUCUCCAAUCUCCCAAUCAUUCACACACAAUCCAAAGGGCAGAGCAUACCGCUCGCUGCCAUGGAGGAACAGAUAAGAGACCACCGUCUUCAUCCCAGCUGCCCCCUAGCGCUGGACAGGAGCGGGAAGCAGUUUGUAUGCAGUGCAUGCAAGCUCGCCGGCUCCAGGAUGUUGACUUACUGCUGCUCUAAGGGCUGUGAUUUCAAUCUCCACGGCCAGUGCGCGACGUGCCCGGAGAAGUUUAGCUUCUGGGGCCACCCGCAGCACGACAUCGUCCUUGAGCACUCACGCGCGGACAUGGGCCGGACGCUGCUGGAGGUGCGGGCGGAUGUUCACGCAGCCCUGGUGUCAUCGACUCCCCACGGCGGCGUCCUCCCGGUUUGCUGCGAGAUGUGCACGAACGAGAUCGAGGGGAUGCACUACUUCUGCCGCUCGUGCGGCUUCUUCGUGCACACUGUCUGCGCCAUGCUGCCGAAGCUGAUGCCAAGCGUGGCGCACGAGCACGAGCUCGCUCUCUUCUGCUCCGCUCCAACCAUGUGCACAGCGUGCCAAACGCCCGCCGUUUGGGCCUACCGCUGCAUGCCUUGCCUCGCCUUCUACCACCAGAACUGCCUCCCAGAGAACGCAGAGAUGUUUGCCAAGCCCUUCAAGAAUCUGCCGCCGAACCCGUUCGUCGUACCACCGCAGAUGGUUCCCCCGACGAUCAACGAAGCCAAUCCAUUUGGCUUGGCACACACAUACCGCCACCGAGGCCUGUAAUGGCAGUACGCUACACGCACGCACCACAAGGGGUCUGGAGGUUGCAGCUAUCCGGUAGCACCAUAGUACCAGUACUUCAAUUCCAAUUUCAAUUCCAUAUAUCAUUGUGCUCAACUUUCUUUCGUCGAUACGCCAUGUACUUUACUGUGCUGUACCGCACAGGAAGAUCCAAUCCGUCCAUCUUGUUGAAUCGUACUCAAUUGAUGUCGUUCUUCCAAACUCAUAGUAAGUCUUCCAUCUUUGUUAUUGUGGGAAUUGAUCUUGCCA